AUGAGCGGCCUGAACUUGCACCUUCUCCAGCCGAACACCCAAAGAACAACGCCUUCUGGUUGCGUGGUGUUCGUGCAUGGAGGUGGGUUCCUCGGAGGUGCACCGUCGCAGUUCUACCCGUACGCGAAGGCCGUAUCUCGGCAGUAUGGGAUUCCUACGGCAUGUUGCGAGGUUAGUUGUCUGUUGACACAUCCACGUGCCAAGGUGCCGAUUGAGAGUGUGGAGGAUGCACGUCGUUGCGUCAAAUACUUGCAAGAGAAGGCCGAUGACUUUGGUUUGGACCCGGACAAGAUUGUUCUCGCAGGUGCCUCCAGCGGCGGCCACACCGCUGCCAUGGCGGUCUUGGGUGCUGAAGAGGGGCUUGGCCUUGCUGGGCUUUUGCUCUUCAACCCAGUCUUGGACUUGCGAUUCCAGGAGCGAUGGCGAGAGCGCCGAUGGUGUACUUGGCUCGGCUCUAGCGCGUUGCGGAUGCGAUAUGGGAAGAAGAUCCUAGAGGAGGAGUCGCCCAUCUUCAACACCCGCCAGCUGCGCCAGCCUGUAUUGAUUCUUCAUGGCACAGAGGACCGCUUGGUGCCACUGGAAGAGGUGGAGCAUUUCCAAGAAAAGAUGGAGGGCUCGGGCAGUGAUUGCAAAUUGGUCACGUUCCCCGGUGAAGGGCACUUCUUCUUCAACUGGAGAGUGUCCCCUGGAAAUUUUUACCGCUGUGUUGGUUUGCUCGGAGACUUUCUGAAGCAAGUAGGUGUUCUGAGCUGA